GGCGAAGAUGACUCUCGCACCACCAGAACCGUGGGCCAUCAAAACCCCGGCGCAUCACAUGGAAAAUCUCCUUCUCGCAAAGUUCCUCGUCCGAAAUCUUUAAAGCGAAGGAGUUUGGGCGUUGGUGACUACUCGACUUCUUCUGUUUCUUCUUCCUCUCGCGUUUUCGUUGCUGGAGGAGGCCCCAGCAAGGACUUGAAGGACAAGGACAAAGACAUGUCGGCCAGUUUUUUGCAGUACUGCGCCAUGUGCGAACGUCAGAUUUCGCAUCCUUCCAACACCAUUCUAUACUGCAGCGAGGCAUGCCGACGUAAAGAUUCGGCCAAACCUCUUUCCGCCUCUGCCUCGGCCAUGUCGCCCAUGGUCUCAUCUCCUCCGACGUCGCCGCCGCCAUCGUCGACACCCACGCUUCGCGGUGCCGUGGCCGUCAAGCCAUCCUCCUCGUCUCCUCCGGAUUACCCUGUCGGGUCGUCCCGGAUACCUACAGACAUUCACCACUUCAGAUCGGAUCUCGACCCGACCGAAUGGAAACCAAAAUUACCAUACCGAGCUUCUGGUUCGUCCGAGGCGUUCACGUACCUCAGUCGUUUCCACGAGGUCAUGACUGCGGGGGACGGCGGUGAAGACUCCGACCCGCUGCGCAGUGAGAACCGUGGUCUGCGUCACAAAAGUACGGCCAGUCUGAGUACACUACCGACCACGGCCACCACGACUCCGAGUCUAGGUAACACACCCACGACGAUGGCAAGCACGAGCAGCACGAGCACGAGUUUCGACGGUCGCUACGACGGUAACAACACGAACAACGAGUACGGCUUCGCUUUCAGCACGCGACCUCUCCCGCCACGUCGGAACCCAAUGUAUUACUACUCGGCCAGCACCAGUUACGUCAAGGGUAUCGACCUGGUCACUCCUCACAUCCCUCCCCGUCCUCCUCCAACCGUAAAGGUAGUGGCCGCUUCGACCUCUGUACCCAGCGGCAGCUACGACGACAACAACAACAAUAAUCACAACUCUGGUGGUUACGAGGACUUUUGGGGCAAGAAGAUUGUCGUCAUGUCAGGCGGCGGUACACCUCGUGCCAACGGUGGUGAUGGGCUCGGUGCGUUGUUCGCAACACCCCGAAAAGAGGAGGAGGAGGAGGAGGAGGAGGAGGAGAAGAAGAAGAAGUGAGGGCAGGCACUUUUCGACAUACGCAACAAUUGCAUACCGAGUCUAGACUGGACCGAGCGCGAGGUAUUCCCGCGGUUCGUCUUCGGUGUGAGAGCCAUGGGCCAUCCUUGGCUGGUCGCCGGCUACGCAGGGCGAGGGCAAAGGUAUUGAGACGUGAUUCGUUUGGGGUUUCCGUCGGGGAGAGGAGGCAUCACGUACGACAUCAAGUGGGAGGUUACUUUGAAGUUGUGGACUUGCAGACUUUGUUUCCCGUUUUCUUUUGUCCUUUUUUUUUGUUUUCCGUACUCCUUCUCAUAUAUGAUGGAGUAGUGACAGUGACAGAGUUUGAGAUUGCGGACGGCGGUCGGAUUACUUCUUGCGAGAGUUGUCCUUUGUCGAUCAAUGAUACCCUUGUGGAUUUGAGAUGGAAUCAAACCUUCGACUUGACGAGUACUGUACAACUACCCGUGGCGUUUGCAGACGCCGCCAUUCAGGUACGAGUACUGUAGUCACAUCUUUCACCAUGCCCUAGCCCUGAGACACACUUCACAAUUUUCACAAGGCAAUCGUCAUUCUCUCAUCGGUAUGUACCUCAAGGGCAAGUAGGUAGGGAGGUAAGGAGGGUAUCUAGGCAAAAAAAGAACAAAGCCCAAGAAAAUAAACAUCCC